CUCGCACCGGCUGACGUGGGUGUGGGAUUGACAGCCAGCCAGUACAGCUUCUAGCUAGCUUACACCGUGGUUUUUAAAUCAACCAGAUAAGCUAACCUGGACUGUUGCUUAGGAUGCGACAAUCAUAGCCCAACAUAUUUUAACAUUUAAAUAGGAAAUCCGCUGUACCAAAGUAGACGAGGGGUGCAGCUGCGAGCGAGCGAGCAAGCGAGCGAGCGAGCGAGCGAUAGAGUGAGUGAGUGUGUGAACGAGAAGGAAAGAGAGAGAGAGAGAGAGACAGAGGGAGGGAGUGGUCGUCAUGGCAGCAGAUCAGCAGAGGCAACGUUCCCUCUCUACAUCUGGAGAUUCACUCUACCUGGUCCUGGGGGUUGACAAGAACGCCACGCCUGAGGAUAUCAAGAAAUCCUACAGGAAGCUGGCUCUGAAGUUCCACCCAGACAAGAACCCAGACAAUCCUGAGGCGGCUGAGAAGUUCAAGGAAAUCAACAAUGCCCACGCCAUCCUGAACGACUGCACCAAGAGGAACAUCUAUGACAAGUAUGGCUCCCUGGGACUCUACGUGGCUGAGCAGUUUGGGGAGGAGAACGUCAACACCUACUUCGUCCUCUCCUCCUGGUGGGCUAAGGGCCUGUUCAUCUUCUGUGGCCUGGCCACAGGCUGUUACUUCUGCUGCUGUCUGUGCUGCUGUUGUAACUGCUGCUGUGGGAAGUGUAAACCGCGGCCCCCCGCGGACCAGGAGCCCGAGUUCUACGUCUCCCCUGAGGACCUGGAGGCACAGCUUCAGUCCGAUGAGAGAGACGGUGUUGGUGACCCUGUUAUGACGCAGCCUUCCGGAACAGAAACCACCAGGCUCACGUCAGAUAGCCACUCCAGCUACCGGACCGACACUGGAUACAACUAGACCCCCGAAAUCAACACCCUGUACCCCUACUUCCCUGUCCUUCCACCCUUUGGUCCCGGCAGUCACUCCCGGCUACCUGACUGGCACUGGAACUAGAGCCCCCCCCGAUGCACCUCAUUGUACCUCUGACCCCUCUGCACCCUUCAGCUCCGCAAACACUCUCCCCCCCCCCC